UUCUGUCUAAGGGCUAAUAGAGAGAGGGGACGUCUCUAUUUCUCCACUCUGUUUUUUUUCUGGUCGUUUGAACUAUAUCCCAGAUCCCCGGGAGCAGGAGAGGAGCAAGAAGCAGACGCUGUUUCACAACAAGCAACAGAGCAAAGAAGAGAGCAAGAGAGGGGACGUCACUGCACUUUGAACUUGUACAGACUAGCAGGACCAGAGGGAGCUGUGCGUGACUUUAUCAUGAUCUAUUUAAAAUCUUUGUUGUAAAUAGUGAGCCUUUAGAUUCAGUGUGGUUGUUCCCUGGCUUGUCUGUCAUCUGGGUGGAUAGAAUAGUGCUGCCAAGCUAAUGAAACAAAAAAGUGCUAUUUAUAAAUGUUUUUGUGACUCAACCUUCUAUGGGGUUGAAUGACAACAUUUCAUUUCCAAGAUUUUCUGAAUAUCUGCUUGUGGCACAUAUGUAUAAGAAGUUCUCGACACCAAUUUGAGCUGCUGCUGCCUGUAAGAUUGAUUGAUAACACUUUCUACACACAGCCCAGAACUGGUCCGACUAGUUUGUAAGUAGGGUAAAGUAAGUCGGGCAGUUUGAAGGAGAGCAGUCCUUUUCUUUCUGGUAUUUUCCUUCCCUCCUCCCUGCUUGUCCAGGGAGAAAGUAGCAUGGUGUAAGGAGAGGAGAGACAAAUGAAGAAGGGGGGUCCUAUUUUACCCCUCAUAGACCCUCCUCCUAGUGUGGCGGAAGUGACAGAGACGGAGAAAGAGCGAGCGAGAGCAUGAGCCUAUAAGUGUAAUUUAUUGUUUCCUGUGAAAAGGCAGGCUGCACCCUUUUCUCCCUCCUGAAAUCUGAACUGCUUGUUGUGUCAGAACUUUCAGGAGGAGCCAUUGUCUAGGGGUCACAGGAAAAACAGAGGAGUGAAGGAGAAGAACAAGAGAGUGAGAGGUCGGAGGACAGCACCGCAGUAGAAAAAUAGAGGAGUGAAAGGGAUCUCCGGGUCAUUUGACGGAGACAGAAGGGGAAAGAGGUCAAGAGAAGGAGUCUGGAACAUGUGCAGUUUCAGUUGUUUUGACUUUUCAUAACGCUGUCAGUUUUGCUUGGAAGCUGACUAAAAACCAAUACCUCUUUGUGUGUGUCAGCCGUGUCACUCAGAUAUGGCCAUGGUGAUCAGGGGAUGGGGCAACUCUAAUGGAGAGACCAACGGACUGGGGGGGGAGAAGGCUUACCUGCGUGGGGAUGAGGAGGAGGGCUCACCCCAGGCCGGGAGUGAUGUGGAGGAGGGAGACGAGGACAAGGCGUGCGUGGUGAACUGCGUGGUGUGUGGGGACAAGUCCAGUGGGAAGCACUACGGGGUGUUCACCUGUGAGGGCUGCAAGAGCUUCUUCAAGAGGAGCAUCAGAAGGAACCUCAACUACUCCUGCAGGUCGAAUCGAGAAUGCCAGAUAGACCAGCAUCACCGCAACCAGUGCCAAUACUGCCGGCUGAAGAAAUGCUUAAGUGUUGGCAUGCGCAAAGAAGCAGUCCAGCGUGGACGUAUCCCUCCAUCUCACCCAGGCAUCAGUCCCACUUCUCUGGUCGGCGGAGGUGGCGGUACCGGGCCAGUAGGGGGCGAAUUCUUCAACGGCCAGCCCAUGUCAGAGCUCAUCUCGCAGCUGCUCCACGCCGAGCCCUACCCCAGCAUCCGCUACGGACCCCAGUACGGCCAGCAGCAGAUGCAUGGUGCUGGAGGAGGCUCCGUCAUGGGCAUCGACAACAUCUGCGAGCUGGCGGCACGCCUCCUCUUCAGCACCAUUGAGUGGGCCAGGAACAUCCCCUUCUUCCCUGAACUGCCUGUCACUGAUCAGGUGGCUCUGUUGAGGCUGAGCUGGAGCGAGCUGUUCACCCUGAAUGCAGCCCAGUCAGCCCUGCCGCUACACAUGGCUCCUUUGCUGGCCGCGGCCGGCUUCCACUCACAGCCCAUGUCGGCGGAGAGGGUGGUGUCCUUCAUGGACCAGGUGAGGUUGUUCCAGGACCAGGUGGACAAGCUGACCCGGCUCCAAGUGGACUCAGUAGAGUACAGCUGCCUCAAGGCCAUCGCCCUCUUCUCUCCAGAUGCGUGUGGUUUGACAGACCCCGUCCAUGUGGAGUCUCUGCAGGAGAAGGCCCAGGUGGCUCUGAUGGAGUACGAGAGGAUGCAGUACCCGGGUCAGCCACAGCGCUUUGGACGUCUUCUCCUCCGCCUGCCUGCUCUCAGGGCUGUGCCCGCUAAUCUCAUCUCCCAGCUGUUCUUCAUGCGCCUGGUGGGCAAGAUGCCCAUCGAGACCCUCAUCAGGGACAUGCAGCUGUCUGGGAGCUCCAUCAGCUGGCCAUAUGUCCCUGGGCAGUGAGGAACAGAAGCCUAGGACACACAGGAUCCUGGAAGAGGAUCCUGGCUGGAACCUAGAACAAGAUGGAGAGGGAUUAUUAGCCAGUGAUGUCAUAAUUCUUAAACGUGCAAUAUGCAGAAAUCGCUCUGCCAUUUCCUGGUUGCUAAAAUUCUAAUAGUUUGCCUAAUUUCAGUUUAUGUGACAAAGAAAGCAGUGUAGAGAAUCAUUGUAUCACCUAAACCAGCAUUUUUUUUGUGUUAUUUUCAGCUGUUUGAAGCUGGUAUACAAAACCGAAAGUAAAAGACGCAAAAACUAAACUUAAUUGGAAGCAUAGAAAUAUAACAUAAAUCGAAUGCUUCUUAGACUUGCUUUCAAUGAGAAUGACAGAUCUAUAACUAACAUUUCCAUGUGAAUCUGGUCACCCAAAAGGUUACAUAUUGCAGCUUUAAGGUCUAAUAAAACCAUUUUUAUCUCAAUAUCAAAUCAUAUUUGGGUAACAAUUAAGUACCUUACUGUGAUUGUUUUCAAUUAAAAUAGUUAAAAAAAAUAAAAAUAAAAAUCUUCUUAGCCAAUAGCCAAUUCUCAAGAAAGAAUUUGCUAGGACUGUCUGGGGGUGGUCUGAGUGGGGAGGGAAAAACUGAAAACAAGCUGUUAUUGGCAGAGAGGAUUGGAACUCUUUCUUAUUGGUCUAUUGACUAAUUUACCACCGGGUGUUGACACCAGGCAGGCCAAAACUCUAUCCCAACAAAACAGGCUGAAAUUUCAGCUCUUACACUAAAAUGGCAUUAUCAUAAUUAUUUACAAUUUCACAGUAUUACUCCAACCUCAUAGUAUGGAAAUAUAUAUAAAACACAGGAAAAUCACAUUUUUGACCACACUGGGCAUUAAAGGACGUAGUAGACGAGUACUGUAUUGCUACUCACUCAGAGAGAGCCACAUGGAAAUACCAAUGAAUGGAACUGGAAUGAAACCAUUGGAACAAUUUAGGUGUUCCGUGUGUAUUCCAAGGAAAUCAUACAUUUGACUUGGUGUAUACUUCUUGAUCUGUAUUAUGACCUCAUUUUAGUCCUUCUCUACCUCAUUCUGGCCCCAGAACAGGGCUCUGAAACGCAAACUGUAACUGAAGCCUGUGUGCCACUACUACCUCCAUCCACAUGACCCCCAACGUGACUCUGUCUGACCCCAGACUCUGUGUGACUCUCUGGCUGCUGUGUUAGGUCCCCUGGGUCUCAAAUGGGACCCUAUGUCCCAUAGCUACAGUGUAUAGGGCUCUGGACAAAAGUAGUGCACUGUAUGGGGAAUAGGGUGCCAUUUGAGAUUCAGCCGUAAGGGUUUGUGAUGCCACAGCCAUGGCUCAUACUUUCCUUGUAUGCUGUUGUCUCCUGAGCCCUCUAUUUAUGUACAUCUUUGGGUAUUGAUUUACAUGAAUGUUGAGCUUAUAGUUGGAAAUGUAAUGAUACAUUAUGCAUAUGUGGUAAUGUAAAUCUUUGAAUGUUAUGCAAAUGAAGGAAGUAUAUUUAGCGAUAGCAUAAAUGCUACAAUACAUGCUAUGGUGCCGAAAACUGGCAGAAGCUGGCAGAGGUGAAUGUUCACUACCGUUCAAAAGUUUGGGGCCACUUAGAAAUGUCCAUGUUUUUGAAAGAAAAGUAACAUUUUUGUCCAUUAAAAUAACAUCAAAUUGAUCAGAAAUACAGUGUAGACAUUGUUAAUGUUGUAAAUUACUAUUGUAGCUGGAAACGGCUGAUUUUUAUUGGAAUAUCUACAUAGGCAUACAGAGGCACAUUAUCAGCAACCAUCACUCCUGUGUCCCAAGCACGUAGUGUUAGCUAAUCCAAGUUUAUCAUUUUAAAAGGCUAAUUGAUCAUUAGAAAACCCUUUUGCAAUUAUGUUAGCAGAGCUGAACACUGCUGUUCUGAUUAAGAAGCAAUAAAACUGGCCUUUUUGGGGGGUGCAAUUUCAGAAUGUGGGAGGUCCCCGCGUCGCCAGUGAAAGUUGGGCCCCUGGUGGAAACAUCGUUGGUUCAACCAAGGUGUGCCAAGUGGGAUGGCUAUGUUAAUAGUUGCGUAACUUUUGCUAUUGUUUUAACAUUGAGAGCACUUUGGUUGUAACAUUGCUCUCAGUAGCAUUUGAAUAUAUUUGAGUUUCUAAAUGGAAGUUGGAGACCUGUUUUUGUGUUUGAAUAGCCAGAUGACUUGAGUUGUUGCGUACAUGUCUGAAAUAACAACAGAACAUUAGCAUUACCCGUGUCUUCAAUAAUAAAGGUUAUAUGAAGCCCAUUAGUUUUAUUGGACCUGGAAUUCAAAGCAGGAUCCAAUUUGAAUCAAUUUUGCUCCUUAUAUGCAUUAAAACCUCUAAGGGAUUGGUGUCCCUAUACCGGGACGUUUGUUGCUAACUUGCGCUAAUGUGACUAGAAUGACGUUGUAAGAAACAGCCAACUUUCCAGGACAUAGACAUACAUGUCUUAUGUGCAGAAAGCUUAAAGCUUACAUUCUUGUUAAUCUAACCGCACUGUCCAAUUUACAGUAGCUAGAUCUGGGGAAGGGUACAAAAACAUUUCUGCAACAUUGAAAGUCCCCAAGAACAGAAUGGCCUCCAUCAUUCUUAAAUCGAAGAAGUUUGGAACCACCAAGACCCCUCCUAGAGCUUGUCGCCCGGCCAAACUGAGCAAUUGCGGGAAAAGGGCCUUGGUGACCAAGAACUCGAUGGUCACUCUGACAGAGCUCUAGAGUUCCUCUGUGGAGAUGAGAGAACCUUCCAGAAGAACUACCAUCUCUGCAGAACUCCACCAAUCAGGCCAUUAUGGUAGAGCGGCCAGACGGAAGCCACUCUUCAGUAAAAGGCACAUGACAGCCCGCUUGGAGUUUGCCAAAUGGCACCUAAAGGACUCCUAGACCAUGAGUAACAAGAUACUCUGGUCUGAUGAAACCAAGAUUCAACUCUUUGGUCUGAAUGCCAAGCAUCACAUUUGGAAGAACCCUGGCACCAUCCCUACGGUGAAGCAUGGUGGUGGUAACAUCAUGCUGUGGGGAUGUUUUUCAGCAUCAGGGACUGUGAGACUAGUCACUAUCGAGGCAAAGAUGAAAGGAGGAAAGUACAGAGAGAUCCUUGAUGAAAACCUGCUCCAGAGCGCUCAGGGCCACAGACUGGAGUGAAGGUUCACCAAAAGAACAACGACCCUAAGCACACAGCCAAGACAACGCAGCAGUGGUUUCGGGACAUGUUUCUGAAUGUACUUGGGUGGCCCAGCCAGAGCCCGGACUUGAACCUGAUCGAACAUCUGUUAAGAGACCUGAAAAUAGUUGUGCAGCAAUACUCCCCCUCCAACCUGACAGAGGUUGAGAGGAUCUGCAGAGAAUAAUUGGAGAAACUCCCCAAAUACAGGUGUGCCAAGCUUGUAGUGUCAUGCACAAGAAGACUUGAGGCUGUAAUCGCUGCCAAAGGUGCUUCAACAAAGUACUGAGUAAAGGGUCCGAAUACUUAUGUCAAUAUAAAACAUUUCUAAAAAUCAGUUUUCGCUUUGUCAUUAUGGGAUAUUGUGUGUAGAUUGAUGAGGGAAAAAAACAUUUAAUACAUUUUAGAAUGCUGUAACUUAACAAAAUGUGGAAAAAGUCAAGGGGUCUGAAUACUUUCUGAAGGCACUGGAUUUACUAUUUAUAUUAUAUGACAAGCGACAGUUUAUUCAGAGUAAAGAUAUCUGGUACAACGUAUACGGGCUCAUUCAUUUGGCUCACAAGGAACCAGCAGAAAGAAGCGCCGAUAACAGAGUGGAAGCAUGUUAUGUACAGUACAGAAAGUAGGUUGAGUCUGGAAGUCCCGGUCUUUUGGUUGGCCACAGUUGAGGUGUUGUCUUCUUGGAUUGGUCCUGUUGAGCCGUCCGUCAUUCCUCUGAGUCUAGUCGUGCCGUUCUCAGUCACACAAUGUUCGGCUAGGAAGGAGAUUAUGUGUGUGUGCGUUUGUCUCUGUCUCAAGGCUGUGUGUCCUCCUCCCAAUGUGUGGGUGUAUGUCUUAUCUGUGUGUCCUCGGCAGUUAGUGUGUGUAUGUGUGUGUGCUGUGUGUGUGGGUGUGGGAGCUAUCCUGUAUGGGACCUAACAUGUUUUACUGUGAAAAUACGUUGUCUCAGUUAUAGCAAUGUAAUAGCAGUAAGCUGGUCAUUUGCAUAAGAAAUAGCACUUCCUUACAGGCACAACGGAAGAAGUUGUUUAGAGAGUUACCAUCUCCCAAAUUAAACUCUAUAAGGUCUUUAGCUAUUUCAUCAUAAACAGUCAUCUUAUUAAUGCCUCUUAUAAAAAUAAUCAUUUUGACUAGUCAUAACCUUCUUGGAUCUGCAAAAAAUACAGCCUUGCUUAUUAUGCAGUACUACACAAAUUUGUUAAAUUAUUUAUGUACCAGCUGACUAAAUACUAACACAGAAUACACACACACACACACACACACACACACACACACACACACACACACACACACACACACACACACACACACACACACACACACACACACACACACACACACACACACACACACUUACAUGAGACAAAGUUCCCUAGUGGACUGACAAUUUUGCUGCUUACACUCAACCAAUGAAGAGAGGGAUAGAGAAAAAGGGACACUUAUUCUGGACACAUUCUAUAACUAUUCUCCCAUUAAUCAUAUACUUUUCACGCGAACCCGCCGCAUGUUUGCAGUAAGAAAUCAUGAAUGUAUUUAUGUGUGAAAUGCCUUCGUUUGUUGUUUAUCUCUGUCGGAACCAAGAAUUCUUGGAAAAGGUUUUGGUGAGGUCUCCUGUGGCUAUACGGCUCUGAUUGUCCACAAGAGGUCACAAUGUCCUUCUUCUUAGUUGUCUGGUCUCUAUGGGUGUUCAUUCCUCAGAACAGCUGUACCAGUGAUUGUCUGAGGUGAGCUUCUAGCCACUUCCUCCUCGUGUCGACAUUCAGGAUUCAGACCACAAUGGACAUGAGCUGCAGCUCUUCGUCUCUCUGGCUUGGCUACUUACAUUUACAUUUACAUUACAUUUAAGUCAUUUAGCAGACGCUAUGCUGUCACAUCCUGACAUUAGUUCCUUUUUUAUGUCUCUAUUUUAGUUUGGUCAGGGCGUGAGUUGGGGUGGGCAUUCUAUGUUUUUGUUCUAUGUUUUGUAUUUCUGUGUUUGGCCUGGUAUGGUUCCCAAUCAGAGGCAGCUGUCCAUCGUUGUCUCUGAUUGAGAACCAUACUUAGGCCACCUGUUUUCCCACUAUGGGUUGUGGGUAGUUAAUUUCUGUUUAGUGUUUUUGGUGCACCUUACAGAACUGUUUCGUUUGUUGGUUUGUUGUUUUUGUUCCAGUAUUCAUCUUUAUUAAAAGUAUUAUGAAUAUGUACCACGCUG